CAAAAAUGGCGAUAUCAUAAUGACAACAAACCAUAAUUGACAGUCUAAAAAUGUCUAUAGAAUUUUAUAACGUUGCAUUAUAAAACCUUAAUCUUGAUGCCGAUAGAAACAAUAAUUUUAAAUUACCAUGCUCGAUCUAGAAGUAGUCCCGGAAAGGUCACUUGGAAACGAGCAAUGGGAAUUUAUUCUUGGCAUGCCAUUCAACCAGGCUAUCAGUAUAUUAAAAAGACAAGAUAGGUCCAUUAAAGGGGUACAAGUAUGGUAUAGUGAUCAGUAUCCACUGCAGAUGGACCUAGUGUUAAACCUGUCUCAAGAUGGUGUCAGACUAAUUUUUGAUCCAGUCUCACAAAGACUUAAGGUCAUUGAAGUGAACAACUUGGGAAAAGUAAAAUUAAAAUAUUGUGGAGUCCACUUCAGCUCCCCACAAGUACAACCUACUAUAGAGCAGAUAGACCAGUCCUUUGGAGCAACUCACCCUGGAGUUUACAAUUCUGAGAAGCAAUUAUUUGUCUUGAAUUUUAGAGGAUUAUCUUUUGAUUUCCCAAUAGAAUCCAAGUUUGAGCCUAAAUAUGCCCAUGGUUUAGGAUCAUUACAGUUUCCAAAUGGUUCCUCCCCAGUUGUAUCUAGGAUGUGUAUAUAUACAGGAAGUAGUUUAGUUGAUACAAAAGCACCUCCACUGCCCAUUCUUUGUUUCCAUGGUAAUUGUUAUUUAGAUUGUUUAGAAGUAUUGAGGGAAAGAAAUGUGACAAAAGGAUUAAAGUUCUUGUUAGUAACUGAAGGAAAUGGUCCUGGUAAAUUAAUAGACCCAAGAAAAAAGAUUGUAGAAAGAAUAGUACAGUUUGGUGAUUCCAGUCAGGAUGUUAUUAGUGCCUUAGGUUGUCCUGGAAAAGUGUACUAUAAAGCAGAAGAUAAAAUGAAGAUUCAUUCCCCUUAUGUUCACAAGCGGAUACGAUCUCAAUGUUCCGAUUAUUUCUUUAAUUAUUUUACGCUUGGUGUUGACAUUCUUUUGGAUGCCAAUACACAUCAAGUAAAGAAGUUUAUUCUACACACUAAUUUCCCGGGCCAUUAUAAUUUUAAUAUGUACUAUAGAUGUGAGUGUAAGAUUCCUGUGAUGGUAGAGAACACCAAACCAAAACUGAUACAGACAGGAGAAAGUGAUGAUGAAGAAGUUAGGGUUAUUACAGCUUAUUCUAAAUGGGAUUCUGUUCAGAAUUACUUAAUAAGACCAGACCAACAGCCAGUGAUAUUAAAUAGAUCAGCAUCUACAAAUACUAGUAAUCCCUUUGGAUCUACAUUCUGUUAUGGCGUACAGGAUCUUAUAUUUGAGGUAAUGCAGAACCAACAUAUAGCAUCAGUAACUUUAUAUAGACCUAAAUCUAGUGUAUCUUGAUCUCAUGUCUAGUUUGAUUGGCUUAAACUUUCUCAGUUGAUCACACAGAUGCAAACCAACAGCAACAACAAUAGUGAUUGGCUAAUGAACUGACCUAUCAGAGAUAAAUAUCAUUGGAACUUAGUGUAAUUACUGGUCCAAUCUGAAUGAAUUAAAGUAUUUGAAUUAACUAAUGUACCAAUCAUUACUGUUAUUUAUUUGUUGCCAUGACUACAGAAGAGGAGACAGAAAUACAUCACUGACUGAAGAAUUCCAAUUGAAGCUCAAAUUAUGAAAAAAACCAGUGGACCAGUUUAAACGGCAGGGAUGGCCUAGGCAAAAUGAAAAAAACUCCACAUUUCUCAUCAUUAAAUGUUUUAGAUAUCGAUUUUAGAAGCAGAUUUAAAAAAAUGGUGUGUCUGUGUGUGAUUUGUUAUGUCUGAAUGAAAUUAUUUUCAUACUGAUCAGUGUACCAUUGCUAUAUGUUCCUGUCUGAAUGGAAUUAUUUUCAUACUGAUCAGUGUACCAUUGCUGUAUGUACCUGUAUGAAUGGAAUUAUUUUCAUACUGAUCAGUGUACCAUUGCUGUAUGUACCUGUAUGAAUGGAAUUAUUUUCAUACUGAUCAGUGUACCAUUGCUAUAUGAACCUGCCUACAGAAUUAAGUCCAAUGUUCAAUGAUAUUUCAUUUACCUUAAUUAAACUGUAGCAAUAUUGUACUUCUGUCCAUAACAUUUAUUAUGUAUUUGUUGCAAUGUUUUUCUCCAUAAAUAAUUGAGGUAGAGUGAUUGUUUCAUAAAUAUUAACCUUAUUUUGUAUAUUAAACCAAAUCUACAAAUACAGAUGGUCUGGUCUUUGUAUCAGACUUUUAAAAACAACUGAGUGUUAAAUACAUUGUGUUUUAUUUUGUUUUGAAAUGUUCUAGAUCAAAAGAAAACCUAUUAGGAGCCAUUAUUUUGAUCCUAUAUUCAGGCAACCAUAGUGUAGAAAUAUCAUUUGUUACUUUUGUUUUUUCAAUGUGAAGGCAAAAA